UAAAGGAAAACAUGGCGGACGGAGUGGAAGAGGCGACAGAUGUGCUUCUUGAGGAAAAAAAGGAAUCAAGCCCAUCGUCUAAUGUGGAGACAGAAUUUAAUGGUGACAACCCAGAAAAAAGUGAAAAAAGGAAACUCCUAGAGUCAUGGCUUAACAAGAUCAUGAGAAUAAAGAUCUCUGAUGGAAGAACAUUAAUUGGUUCCUUCCUAUGCACUGAUCAAGAUAGGAAUAUAAUUUUAGGAUCAUGUCAGGAGUUUGUUGGUUCUUCAGAUGAGAAAGAAGAGCCACGGAUUCUUGGUUUAGCCAUGGUGCCAGGAAAACACAUUGUUUCUAUUGAAGUUGAUGUGGAGUGAUGUUGAUGUACAUUAUCAGUGAAAAUGAGGCAAGCAGAGACACAGCUGUACCUUUCCUUAGCAUGGGAAAGCUUGAAUCAGGACUUGGAAAAGAAGUAAACAUUUGUGGAGUGCACACCUUUCUCAGUGCAAUUGUAGAGCCACUCUUAUGGGAAGCUACAAUUUACACAAUCCCUGGUGGCAGAAUAUGGUUGAUCUGGUUGACUGACAACCUGAGGUUGGUUGAAACCAAGGAAGCCUCUCUGAAGUUGAAAGUUAUUCAAGCAGAAUGACCAUUCAGACAUUUUGUUGACAGCACAGUCAAAGGGAAUGAGGUUCUCUGGUGUCUCACUACCAACUAAUAAUUUUCUUGAACUUAAGCAAGUUAUUUCAAUUUGCAGAAAUGAUGGUCUUAUAAGAAGGUUCAUCCUUUAAUUUUCCUUUUUCUGAAAGAGCCAAACUUGUUCUAAGAUCAACUGUUAGACUUCUUAUGCCUAAGAUCUACACAUCAAUUCUUUCCAGUACCUGCCAUAAAUGUCUUAAAAUUUUAGUAGUAAGAAUUUGGCUUUAAAUGCCAAUCAAUAUCCCUAAGCUCAUAUAUUUCUCCACAUCAGCUUUCUGCUCAAAAAAGGUGCAGGUGACCAUUGCAAUUCCUGUUCAUAGUAGGAACUUUAGUACACUAAAUAAAUCAAGAUUUUUUUUAUUCA